UGUAUCCUCAGAAUUCGCAAAAAUCAUUCUAUACUUUGGCACCGCCUUUAAUAUGCCUUCCUCGCCUGAAUGACUGACUGCUCCUUCAAACACCCUCACCAAUGCUCAGCGGGUGAUGGUUGCACAAAUACCAUCACCCUUCAUUCUGCCACGGUUGAACUACUUAAAGUCAGGCAACAACGGUGGCUUCCAUUGCUUGCCUGCUGGUUUGAGGGCAUUUGUCAAUGCAAAUGGCCGCUAGCUCUAGCCAGACUUGCACAAUGCGUCCGAGCUCGUCGCUUGCGCCGUGAGCGACCUCGCCGUCCAACUGAUGCCUCUCCCUAACAACGAUGACCUUCUCCAAGAGUCCGCCACAAUCAGUGCAUAUGGCUCACCGCCGGCAAGCCUAGACCAAGAGAAGGGUUCUGAUAUGAGCAUGAGCAAGACAAUUUGGAUUCCAAGGAGAUUUUGGGCCCAUUACGUAUCACUGGACGCACCACUGGCUACACGCCGAGACCAUCUCUCAAAUGAGCAAACGUUUCUCGCCUGGCUAAGUGUCGCCGAUGGCAUGUCUCUCCUCGGCAUCGUCAUCGCACAAAUCUCGAAAAUUCAACAAUUUCUUGAACCCGAAGGCACGUACACAACACAUCAUCAUGCUCUGGGCAAAACUCAAGCGUGUAUUUGUCACCUGGCCGCGAUUCUGAUUCUGUUCGUUGGCGCUUGGCGUUUCUUUCGACAUCAACGAGAAGUUACUACAGGUCUUGCAAAGCUCCGCUUAUGGGGAAUCUAUCUGGUUGGGACCGUUGUGCUGCUGGUGGGUUUGCAAGAAGAUGUCCUUUCGUGUUGGCUUACCGCUAUGUCAUAGUGUCUGCUGUCAUUUUUCCUGCUCCUCGUCAUCGUCGACAUUGUCAAGGUGUAUUGAGGGUGCUUGGCUUGGUUGCAUUUGAAUCAGCGGCCGUUGCUGUAGUAUUGGUCGAGAUUGUGCUCCCUUCUGCUGGACUACGCUAUGCACUUAUUAUCAGGUCCGAGUCACCAUGGUACAUGCCAGCAUCAUUGAAGUUGAUAUGACAACCAAAAUUAUGGUUCCACCCUCGUCCAAGGUUUAGCGUCAGU